ACAGGACAAGAAAGUCAGGAGAUUCAGAGGCUGACGGAUGAAAAUCAGAAGCUUCAGCAAGAAGUUGAGAAACAUUUGUUGCAUAUCGAGGAGCUCACUGCAAGUGAGGAGAAAUUAAAGGCAGCAAAUCAGCAACUCUGUAGUGAAAUGCGACAAAUGAUUCAAGAAUUUGAUAAAGAUAAGAAGGAAUCCAUUGAGCGGUGCGAGCGAACAUACGAACAGCAUCAUGAAGACAUUAGGAAUCAUUUAAGAAUGGAACUCGGUGAGAAGCUUGAAGCUGAAAAAGUCCAGUUGUGCCAGACAUACGAGGCAAAAAUUUCCCAGUUACAAUCACAAAUGACCGAAUUGUCCAUUGAGAUGACUGCAGUACAGGAGUGUUACAUAGCUGUGUGUAAAGAGAAGGAUACACUGGAGGACACCAUCCGGGAGAGUAUGAAGAAGGAAUUUCAGCUAAAUGAAGAAAAGGUAACUGCAAUUAAAAUUCAAGAUAUUGAGAAUCAGUGGAAACAUAAGCUAGAUAACGCUUUAAAACAUGCCAAAGAGACGUUGAUGCAGAGUUUAGCAGACUGUGCUGUACAGACUGAGCAAUCAUUAUUUGCACAAACUGCGCUAGAAACUGAACAGCUGGAAGAUCUGAAAAUAAAACUCGGCAAUGCUGUGAUCGAGAAAGAGAAGGCUGUACAAAAGGCUUGCAUGGAGCUGGAAAUAAAGCAUCGGGAGGACAUUUCCAGUCAGGUGGAGUUGGCCUUAAUAAAAGGCCAUGCCAGGUGGCUGCAGGAACUUACCAGCUUAUCUGAAUACAAAGCAAAUUUGCAGCUUGAGAAAGAAAAAUGGGAGAAGCUUAAUAUUCUCAAUGUUGAAAAGCAGAUAUCAGAUGCAGUUGCUGCAGCAGAAGAGAAAUGGAAGCUUGAGUCUGAAAAGAGUGAACAGCGCUUUAAACACAAAGAAUGUGAAGAGAAAAUGGCAGCAUUACAGCGGGAACUGGACUUGAAGGCUGAAGAGUUUGAAGCUCAGAUGAAAGUUGAACUCGGGAAGGCACGUGCUCAGUGGAACAAAGAGAAGCAGGAGGAAGUCCAAGCCAUUCGGGCACAAAAUGAAAAAGAUUUCCGCACCUUCUUGGAUGAUCAUAGGACCAAAAUCAGUGACGUGCUAUAUACAGCAAAAGCUGAUUUUGAAAAACAGAAAAAUGAACAACUCGCACAAAAAGAGGCGGAAAUGACUGAACGAUUUAAUAGGAGCCUCAAACUGCAGAUUUCUGAAGAAUCUAAGCGUUUGCUUGAUCACGAUAAUGAGAUCCUGUCUGAAAUCGAGAACCUUAUGUCCGAAAUCCACGAAGAACUUGUUGAAAAAUGUAAAAGAGAUGAACACUCGUCACUGGCAACUAGC